UUUUGGGGACCCCCCCCCGGAUUUUGGGGACCCUCCCCGGAUUUUGGGGACCCCCCCCGCCAUGGCGCUUUGGCUCCUCUGGCUCUGGGUCCCCCUGGGGCUGGCGGAGGAGGAGACGCUGCUGGACACGCGGCUGGAGACGAGUGAACUGCGCUGGACCGUGCACCCCGAGGGGGAGGGACAGUGGGAGGAGCUGAGCGCGCUGGACGCCGAGCUGGGCGCGGCCGUGCGCACCUUCGAGGUGUGCUCGGGGCGGGGCCCAAACCCCGCCCACAACAGCCCAAACCCCGCCCACAACAGCCGAAACCCCGCCCACAACAGCCCAAACCCCGCCCACAACAGCCGAAACCCCGCCCACAACAGCCGAAACCCCGCCCAGAAUGGCUUUAGCUCCGCCCAGAAUGGAUUUAGCCCCGCCCAGAAUGGAUUUAGCUCCGCCCAGAACAGCUGGAGCCCCGCCCAGAACAGCUGGAGCCCCGCCCAGAACAGCUGGAGCCCCGCCCAGAACAGCUGGAGCCCCGCCCAGAACAGCUGGCUGCGCUCGCGGUGGGUCCGGCGCGGCGCCGCCACCACGGUCAUGGCCGAGAUCCGAUUCACCGUCAUGGCGUGCGAUGGGCACGGGGGGACAAGGGGGGCGCGGGGGGCGCGGGGGGCGCCCGACACACCUGGGGAGAUGCCCAGGGACACACCUGGGGACACACCUGGGGACACACCUGGGGACACACCUGGGGACACACCUGGACACGACCCCAAACCCGUCAAUCUCCAUGGAAACGACCCCAAACCGCUCAGUUUCUAUGGAAACGACCCCAAACCCGUCGAUCUUUAUGGAAAUGACCCCAAACCCAUCAAUUUCCAUGGAAACAACCCUGAACUUGUCAAUCUCCAUGGAAACAACCCCAAACCGACCAAUUUCCAUGGAAACGACCCCAAACCCAUUGAUCUCCAUGGCAACGACCCCAAAAAUCUCAAUUUCUAUGGAAAUGACACCAAACCCAUCAAUCUCCAUGGCAACAACCCCAAAAACCUCAAUUUCUAUGGAAAUGACCCCAAACUCAUCAAUCUCCAUGGAAAUUAUGCCAAACCCAUCGAUCUCCAUGGCGAAGACCCAAAACUGCUCCAUUUCUCCAGAAACAACCCCAAAUACAUCAAUCUCCAUGGCGAUGACCCAAAACUGCUCAAUUUCUCCAGAAACGACCCCAAACCCAUCGAUCUCCAUGGAAACAACCCCAAACCCAUUGAUCUCCAUGGCAACAAGCCCAAUAACCUCAAUUUCUAUGGAAACGACCCCAAACCCAUCGAUCUCCAUGGCAACAACCCUGAAGACUUUGAUCUCCAUGGCAACAACCCCAAAACCCUAAAUUUCUAUGGAAAUGACCCCAAACCCAUCGAUCUCCAUGGCGAAGACCCAAAACUGCUCAGUUUCUCCAGAAACGACCCCAAACCCAUCGAUCUCCAUGGAAAUGACCCAAAACUGCUCCAUUUCUCCAGAAACGACCCCAAACCCAUCGAUCUCCAUGGCGACGACCCAAAACUGCUCCAUUUCUCCAGAAACGACCCCAAAUACAUCGAUCUCCAUGGAAACGACCCAAAACCGCUCAAUUUCUCCAGAAACAACCCCAAACCCAUCGAUCUCCAUGGCGAUGACCCAAAACCGCUCAAUUUCUCCAUAAACGACCCCGACCCCGCCCCGCCCCCCCCGCGUGGCCGCCGCCGCCGCGCCGCCGCGCGCACCUGCAAGGAGACCUUCUCGGUGUUCUACCACGAGUCGGACGCCGACACGGCCACGGCCACCUCGCCGCCCUGGAUGGAGAACCCCUACGUCAAGGUGGACACGGUGGCGGCCGAGCACCUGACGCGCCGUCCCGGCGGCGGCGCCGGGGCUCCGCGGGGCCGCGUCAACCGCAAGGUGCUGCGGUUGGGCCCGUUGAGCCGCGCCGGGUUCUACCUGGCCUUCCAGGACCUGGGCGCCUGCAUGGCGCUGCUCUCGGUGCGCCUCUUCUUCCGCCGCUGCCCCGCCGCCACCGCGCGCCUGGCGCGCUUCCCGGCCACCGUGCCCGCCGAGCUGGUGGCGCCGGUGCCCGGCGUGUGCGUGCCGGGCGCCGUGCCGGCCGGCGAGGGCGAGCCGCUGAUGUACUGCCGCGAGGACGGGCGCUGGGCCGAGCCGCCGGCGCUGGGCUGCGUCUGCGGGCCGGGCAUGGAGCCGGGCGAGGGGACGGGGUGUCGGCGUGAGUUUGGGGGUGUUUGGGGGGUGUUUGGGGCGCUGGGCUGCGUCUGCGGGCCGGGCAUGGAGCCGGGCGAGGGGACGGGGUGUCGGCCCUGUCCCCCCGAAACGUUCAAGGCGGAGGCGGGGGGGGGUCGCUGCCGGCCCUGCCCCCCCCAGAGCGAAGCCCCCUCCCCCGGCGCCCCCUCCUGCCGCUGCCGCCCCGGGUUCUUCCGCGCCCCCGGCGAGGGACCCCCGGAACGCUGCUCCGCCCCCCCCUCGGCGCCGCGGGCGCUGUCGGCGCGGCUGAACGGGUCGGUGGUCCGUCUGUCCUGGAGCCCCCCGCGGGCCGGGGCCGAGCGGCCGGACCUGCGCUACAGCGUGGGGUGCCGGGCGUGCCCCCCGGCCCGUGGGGCGCCCCCCGAGUGCGGCCCCUGCGAGCCCCUGGCCUGGGCGCCCCCCCCCCAGGGGCUGCGGACCCCCGCGGUCAGCGCGGCCGGACUGCGGCCCCGCGUCACCUACAGCUUCAGGGUCAGCGCCCGCAGCGGGGUCAGCCCCCCGGGACCCCCGGAGCCCCCCGCCGCCGAGAUCAACGUCACUGCUGGGGCUGACGGUGAGACCCCAAAACGGCCAAAAACGGCCCCAAAAUCAUCAAAAACCACCCUAAACAGCCCAAAAACGGCCAAAAACGGCCCAAAAACCAUCCCAAAAACCCCCCCGGAGCCCCCCGCCGCCGAGAUCAACGUCACCGCGGGGGCUGACGGUGAGACCCCAAAAACGGCCAAAAAACGCCCAAAAAACGCCCAAAACGGCCCAAAAACACCCCAAAACGGCCAAAAACGGCCCCAAAAUCACCUAAAACAGCCCAAAACCCCCCCCGGAGCCCCCCGCCGCCGAGAUCAACGUCACUGCUGGGGCUUGCCGCCCCCCGUGUCCGACGUGGUGCGGGUGGGGGGGGGUCCCGGGGGGGUCACCCUGGCCUGGCCCAGCCCCCCCCAGGGCCCCCCCGGGCCCCCCGUGCUGGACUACGAGGUCAAGUUCUACGAGAAGCUGGGGGGCGGGGAGGGGCCCCCCCAGUUCCUGAAGGUGCCGCGGCCGCGGGCGGAGCUCGGGGGGCUGCGCCGGGGGGGCCUCUAUGGGGUGCGGGUCCGGGCGCGCUCCGAGGGCGGCUACGGAGACUUCGGGCCCGAGACCACGCCCGGGGGGGUCCCGGGGGGGUCGUGGCGGGCGCCGCCAUCCUCGGGGGGCUCCUGGUGCUGGCGCUGCUGGGGGGGGGCCCUGGCCUGCCGCAGGCGCUGGCGGCUCCGGGUGGAGAAGCAGCGACGUCGCCCCGGGGGGCUCGGCAGGAAACUCUACAUUGACCCCCUGAGCUACGAGGAGCCCGAGGGGGCCCUGAGGGACUUCGCCACCGAGAUCGACGCGGCCCACGUCACCAUCCACGAGGUCAUCGGGGCAGGCGAGUUCGGCGAGGUGUGGCGCGGGCGGCUGGCGCUGCCGGGCCAGCCCGAGGCCGAGGUGGCGGUGAAGACGCUCAAGGGCGGCGCGGGCGAGCGGCAGCGCCGGGAGUUCCUGCGCGAGGCCGCGCGCAUGGGGCAGUUCCGGCACCCCAACGUGGUGCGGCUGCGCGGCGUCGUCAGCACCGCCGGGCCCCCCGCCAUGAUCGUCACCGAGUUCCUGCUGCACGGCGCCCUCGACGCCUUCCUCAGGGGCCGCGAGGGGACCCUGCCCACGCUGCAGCUGGUGGCCAUGCUGCGCGGCAUCGCCGCCGGCAUGCGUUACCUGGCCGAGGCCGGCUUCGUGCACCGGGACCUGGCGGCGCGGAACGUUCUGGUGGACGCCCACCUGGUCUGCAAAGUCUCCGACUUCGGCCUCUCCCGCGCCCUCGGCGGCGCCCGCGACAGCGACCCCACCUACACCAGCUCCCUGGGCGGGAAGAUCCCGAUCCGCUGGACGGCGCCCGAGGCCAUCGCCUUCCGCACCUUCACCUCGGCCAGCGACGUCUGGAGCUUCGGCAUCGUCAUGUGGGAGGUGCUGAGCUUCGGCGAGAGACCCUACUGGGACAUGUCCAACCAGGACGUGAUCAACGCGGUGGAGCAGGACUACCGCCUGCCGCCGCCGCCGCGCUGCCCGGCGCCGCUGCACCGGCUGAUGCUGCAGUGCUGGCAGCGCCAGCGCGGCGCCCGCCCCACCUUCCCGCACCUGCUGCGCGCCCUGGACCACCUGAUCCGGCGCCCCGAGACCCUGCGCCCGCCCGCCGCGGACCCCCGCAGCCCCGCCCCGUCCCACCUGGAGCCGGGCAGGUGCGAGGAGCCCUCGGGCGGCGCCGGGCUGGAGCUGCUGCCGCGGCUGCGCGGCGAGGACCUCCUGCACAUGGGCGUGGCGCCGGGCGGGCGCCGGCCGCGGGUCCUGGAGGGCGCCCAGAGCCCGCCCGGACCCCCCAAAGGGGACCCCCAGUGCUGACACCGCCCCCGGCCCCGCCCACGGCAAGAUGGCCGCCGCGGAGCGGCGCUGGGGGAGGAGGUGGCUGGAGGAGCAAGAUGGCUGCUGGGACAACAUGGCCGCCAGGACAAGAUGGCUGCCGAUUCAAUAUGGCAACCAGGACAA